AGGGCCCCUCGGCAGCCGCGGGGCAGCCUCCUCCCGAGCGCACCUGACAGCUCUCGGAUCGCUACGCAGGCGGAGGUUGCCGAGGCACCGGUGGUGACGCGACCUUCGGGUGGGCUGCCAUCUGGGCCUGGUCCCUUCAGCGCUCCUCGACCUCUGUGCUUCGCUAGCGGCUCUGAUCGCCGCGUCGUGCCUUGCUGCGGAGAGCGCCGCAGCGACGAGCGGUCAGCCAUCCUCCGGCGCUCGUCUGCGCAGCCCCGGUUAUCCCUCUCGGGUGUCCCUUCGAGUGGAGGAGAGGCCACUCUCCCGCUCCUCGGGCCAGGCCAUCCGGGAAGCAUCGGCAGCAGGUCUUGGCGCCUCGGCCGCCGGCGGUGGACACAGACACUGGCGACUAGAUAAUGGAGUGGGGAAGCGGGACCCCGCGGUCUGCUGCCGGGCGCCCGAGGCCGAGAGAGGCCCGUCGGAACUCCGGACGUAGGAGAGACUUGACGGGGGUUCCUCGGAGGAACACUGUGAACUGUGGUGGCAUCCGUGGCCAGGGCAAAUUGGAAUUUCAAUCGGUUGUUUGAGGGGCACCAUGACGCUGAGGCUCUUAGAAGACUGGUGUAGGGGGAUGGAUGGGAACCCUCGGAAAGCACUGUUGAUUGCCGGCAUCCCCCAGGCCUGUAAUGUGGCAGAAAUGCAGGAGGCUCUGUAAGCUGGUUUAGUUCUUUUGGGCGAGUACCGACUGCUGCUCAGGAGGCUGUUCCGGAGGGAUGAGAAUAGGCACGUAGCUUUAAUAGGGCUUACUGAGGAGACAAGUCAUGCUCUAGUCCCUAAGGAGAUACCCGGAAAGGGGCGUGGCUGGAGAGUGAUCUAGCCCCCAGACCCAGACAACGAAUUUUUAAGCAGAUUACAUGAAUUCUUAAAGGGAGAGGGCAUGACUUUGGGUGAGUUUACCAGAGCCCUUGGCUAUGGAAACGGCCCUUUUGAACUAGACCAGGGCAUGAUCCCAGAAAUGCAGGCUGCUAUGUUGGCACAGGCAUUAGAUGAGGCUGUGCAGCCUGCCCUGUAAUACUUGAAGUACAAAAAGCCGAAAGUAUUUUCAGGCAGUGACCCUUCAGAACCAGAAGAAGAAGAAUUUGUAUCCUGGCUGUUUCAUAUCACUCAAAUAAUGAAAACAUGACAAAUGUCAGAUGCUGAAAAAAGAAGGCGAUUGCUGGAGAGCCUUAGAGGCCCAGCAUCUGAUAUCAUUCGUGUCCUCAAGAUAAACAGUCCUUUAAUCACAGUCCCUGAAUGCCUGCAGGUUCUUGAGCAGGUAUUUAGGGUUCUCGAUGAUCCUAGGGAGCAGCAGUUCAAAUAUUUGACCACUUAGAAGGAUGAAGAAAAACUGUCUGCUUACAUACUAAGGCUGGAGCCUCUACUGCAGAAGCUGGUAGAGAGAGGAGCAAUUGAGCCAGAAGUUGUGAAUCAGGCCCAUCUAGACCAAACCAUUGCUGGAAUGGUCUGCAGAACACCGGGCAGGAAGUCGACUCUAUCAGGAGGCUCAGUCCCUGGCUUAUUGCAGUUACUGACACUAAUAAAAGAUGAGGAGGCAGCGGCGGCGGAGGAGGAGGCCCUUCUCCAGGCAGGAUUAGAGGGGCAUUUCACUUGAAUUGGGGAAAUGAGGAAGGGCCAUCUGGCAGGGCGCAGAGCAUGAAGGUAGAACCGCCCAAAGGCUCAGUGAUUAACACCAACCAAUCCCUAUCUUGUGCUGCCAAGUAACUCGUUUCUGGGCAGCUCUCAGUAUAACGCUUUGUCGUUUGGGGCCCUGUUUAAUAUCUCCUUAAUGUGUCAUUGACUAAAAGGAUAUAGUCUUGUGCAGGUAUUUAUACAUUUAAAUUCACCCCAUGAAUUUUCUUAUACACAGUUGUUCAAAAAGGCUUAUCACUGCACAUGUGUGAUACUCUGAGAGGACAGGCAAGGUUCGGGUGCAUAUGCUGAUCAGAUCUUGUUGAGACGUCAGCUCGUGUGAUAAUAGGUACAAGCAUAGCUGUCAGAUGUGAUAAUGUACCAGAAAUAGAUUUUAGGUGCACAAUGCCCUACAUUAAACAUGAAGCUACUGAGCAGUGGUUAAAGUAUUAUUUUCUGUGUGAAUUAGAAUUUUUUUAUUCUGAACCAUCAAAACAAUAGGCAGAAUUAAAUGCUGAAUCUGGUACGAUUGCAACUGCCAUCUCUAACCCCAGGUUCUGAUGUGUGUCAUCAAAGCAUCUAUUUCUGAGUAUCAUUUUAAUAGGUUAUAGACAUGAACUUGUAAAAUAAAGAAAUGCAAAUAAAAUGACCUUUUAAAAAUC